CGCCAACUACGCUGUCAGUGCAACUUCCUGUUUUCGUUUUGCACGUCAGUUUUUUUGUUUGGACUUGGUCCAUGAAUUCCAGAAAUCCCCAAGAGAAUCAACAGAGGACACGAUGAAGGUGACGGUGAAGCAACUCCAAGGAACAGGAUGUGACAUUGAGAUCUCUGAACAAGCCCUUGUCCAGGAUCUUAAAGUAAAAAUUGCCGAGAGCAUGAAUGUUCCAGUAACUCAUCAGAAAGUCCUCCGAAUGGGAGUGGCUUUAGUAAAUAAUCGCACACUGAAAUCCUAUGAUAUCAAGGAUGGAACAAAAUUGAUGUUGCUGAUGAAGAAGCCAGACACCCUUGAGGAAGCCAUUCACAGAAGUUUCCUGAAAUUUUACACUACUGAACAGGCAGACAGGCUCACAAAGGCCUUCAUGGAGGAUUUCUCGAAGCGAAUGUCCCAGCUCAGUCUUGACGAUAUUGAACAAAUGGCUUCAAUGUAUCUGCAGCAGCAAAAAGCUCCUCAAUAAAUCUCUCUCUGACAAAAAAAA